CUGUUAGGGUUCGACCAGGGUUAUCUGCUUGUCUGUCGAAGCACUAUAAUUCUCCCGCCUCCAAACUCUCACUGCUCCAUCUGCCGGUAUGUAUAUUUCGAAAACUAACUAUUAUCCAACCUUGGUUGUCUGUGGAAUGCGAUUCGUGGAGCUUGAGCUUCGAAACUCACCAUGUCUUCAUUGGCUAGACUCCCGCUCUCCCAGCUAACCUAUCUCGUCGUUAUGAUUUUUCUUUCUGGAGCUCAUUCUCAUUCGUCCAUCGAGACGAACAGCGAGCUCAAGUGAACGCGGCGAGGCCCACCAGUUGCCGGCCAUUACAUGUUGUCCUCGUAACACAACAUGGCCGAACCUCUCGACCUAGUCGGUGGGCCUUUUGCAGUAGUCGAAUCCGAUCCAGGUGUAUUCACCUCUCUCUCUCGCCACCUCGGUAUAAACAACAUCGAAUUUAUCGAACUCUACGAUAUCGAACCAUGGGCCGUGGACCACCUUAACCCUCAUGGACUCAUUUUCUGCUUUCGCUGGAAGAAGGACAAGGAUUCGCAAGACCAUAGGCCAAAGACCAGCGACGACUUCCAGAAUGACCUCAUUGAACAAGUGUGGUUUGCCAACCAACUUAGUGAUGAUGCUUGCGCGUCUCAUGCGAUAUUAAACGUGUUAUUCAACUGUGAUAGAGAUAAGGUCGAUGUGGGGGAAGAAUUGGUGUCUUUUAGGGAGGAAACGAAGGAUAUGUCGGGGAUUAUGAAAGGACUGGCAGUGUCCAGUUCACAUCUAAUACGAAAAGCUCAUAAUUCAUUGGCAAGGCCAGCCGAUCUACGCGGGGCGCAAAAUACACUUGCUCUUACCAGCCUCUCGACACAGAGGAAAUCACUCAAAUCCACCUCGUCCAAACCCAGCCAACCUAAAGCUAAACGAAAUACGAAACCAACUAUCACCAAGGGAUCUCCCCCAAAACAAUCCAAAAAGAAGAAAGAAGAAGAGGAAACUGAAGAUGAAGCUUACCACUUCAUCGGUUACGUCCCUGCAUACGGGAAAGUUUGGGAGCUAGACGGCUUCAAGUCUGGUCCGUUGGAAGUUGGUGAACUCCCGUCCACUUCAUCUUCUUCCCCGACCUCCGUCAAUUGGAUGGAUAUCGUGCGCCCUGCUCUGAGAAUGAAGAUGGCCAAAUAUGGAGAUGAAGGUGGGGGGAGGUUCAGUUUGUUAGCUGUCGUAGAUGGGCUAUAUGAAAACGCCAGUGAUGAAUGGGAGUUUUGGAAGAGGGAGAGAAGAGCGGUUGAGAGGCGGCUAGGAGACAUUGAUACGGAUUGGAGAUCAAAGGUAGAUCAGGCGCUCUUGCAUUCAGCUGAAGAUGCCUGUGUACUAUCAAACCCCCUUUCGUCCGCCUCAGCCAACCACCAGAAGAUCUUCACAUCAUCCUUUGCGGGUCGAAGACUCACAGCAGAUAUGAAUAUUCUCCGAGAAACCGACCCGCAAGAGCUGACCAAGAUGUAUGAAAGAGCGGUCAAGGAGUGUUUGAGCGCCAAGAUAGUCGUGGAGGAUGAGCUCACGAAGGGAAAGACCUGUCAGAUAGAUCAUGUCAAGCGCACACACGACUAUGAACCAUUCCUCUGCGAAUUCGUUAAAUGUUUACAUGAGGAAGGCCUGGUUGACGCGUUGAUCGAUGCUCCGAGCUCAAAAUCGAAACAAGCCGCGGAGAAAAAAAGGGGGAAGGCUAAUCUUCCAACGAAUGGGAGGGGACGACCCAGGAAGAAAACCAAGCUUGAUGAAGAUGAUGUGGGAAGUUGGAAUCCUUAGUCUAGGUUCCUUGCUGUUUUAGUUACAUUUCUUGGAUAAAGUCCUUUUUAUCACGCUCAGCGCGCCAUAGCAGCCUCUAUAUUUGUACAUAUAGAUAAUACAACU